AUGUUACGAACCCUUGUGGGCCUCCUGGCCUCCAUAGCGACUGUCGCCGCGGCCUCUCCAUCUCUGGCACGACGCGUCCUGCACGAGCGCCUCGACGCGCUCCCCCCACGGUGGUCUCUCCAUCGCCGCGCAGACCCAGAUGUGGUCCUCCCGCUCAGCAUCGCCCUGCGGCAGGGCAACAUCGACAACCUCGACGAGCACCUGCUCAACCUCGCCGACCCCGAGUCGCCGAACUACGGCCAGUGGUGGACGCCCUCCCAGGUCGUGCAGGCGUUCCAGCCCUCCACGGAGACGAAGGAGGCCGUGCGCGCAUGGCUCUCGGCCGACGGCAUCGACCUUGCGCGGGUGCGCAUGAGCAAGGACCACUCGUACAUGCUCGUGAACGUGAGCGUGGCGGAGGCCGAGCAGCUCCUGGCGACGAAGUACUACGUCUACCAGCACGAAGACGGGUCCGAGGACAUUGGGUGCCACCACGGGUAUCAUCUUCCCGAGCACGUCCGCGACCACGUCGACCUCGUUACUCCCACUGUCCACUUCGAGAUGAUCAAGCUCGGCGCGCACGGCGGGAAGCGCAAGAGGAGUCUUUCUCCGGCCGGGAAGAUGCGCAGGCCAAACGGCGCGCCCACGCACAAGACGGAUGAAUCGUACCUGGAUGCUGUUGACUGCGACAAGGCGGCCACGAUCGACUGCUUCCGCGCCCUGUACAACUUCUACCCCAAUCUCACUGAAACGGGCAAGAACUCGAUCGGCGUCGUGGAGCUCGCGGACCAGACGCUCAAUGCCGAUGACCUGACCCUAUUCCUCCAGAAGUUCAACCCUGAUGCUGCGGGCAUUUUGCCAGCAUUCCAGCCAAUCGAUUUGGACUCGGACACCCCGGACUUCAACGAGACAGACCCUGAUUUCAUCUCGGAGCCGGACCUCGACUUCGAGCUCGUCAUGGGUCUCAUCAGCCCCCAGCAGCCCGUACAGCUGUUCCAGGUCGGCGGAAGCGGCUCGAUCAACUUCCUCCUCGACGCGUUCGACGGCGGCUUCUGCAGCUUCGACGGCGGCGACGACCCGGACAUCGACGGCCCGCUCGACGUAACCGAGGACUGCGGGGGCACGAAGCCCGCGAACGUCAUCUCCGUCUCGUUCACCGGUGGCGAGGACUUCCCGCCGUUCUACAUGCAGCGCCAGUGCGCAGAGAUCGGCAAGCUGUCGAUGAUGGGCAUUACGUUCCUCUUCGCGUCCGGGGACAACGGCGUCGCGUCGAACGGAGACAACUUGUGCUUGGCUGCGAACGGCACCGCGGUCCCUGGCCCGGGAGCGUUCCUCCCCAACUUCCCCUCGACGUGCCCAUACGUCACCGCCGUCGGAGCGACGCAGGUCGACUCCGGCAAGUCGGUGCACGACCCCGAGAGCGCAACGUCGCUCUUCGGCUCCGGCGGCGGCUUCUCCAACGUCUUCCCGCGCCCCGAAUUCCAGAAACGGCAGGUCGCGGGGUACCUGAAGCAGCUCGGGAACCGCGUCGACCCGAGCCUGUUCAACAGCAGCGGGCGCGGGAUCCCGGACGUGAGCGCGAACGGGCUCCCGACGGUCGCCGUCAUCGACGCGAACUACACGCUCACGGGCGGCACGUCCGCGUCGACGCCGAUCUUCGCGGCGAUCCUCACCGCGGUGAACGACGCGCGGCUCGCGGCGAACAAGACGCCGGUCGGGUGGAUCAACCCCGCGAUCUACUCGCACUGGUUCGCGGACGCGUUCCACGAUAUCACGAACGGGACGAACCCGGGGUGCGGCACGGACGGGUUCCCUGCGCUGCGCGGGUGGGACCCGGUCACGGGCCUGGGCACGCCUGACUUCCCGACGCUGGUGAAGCGGUUCCUGUGGCUGCCUUGA